AUGCUGUUCAACCAACUCACAAACAAGCGAACUCUUGAAACUACUCCGGAGUCGCAACCUCACGAGGAAGCGAGACUUGAUGAAGGUCUUCAAACAGUUUCGACGUCGACUCUUGUUGAAGUCAAAGGCCCUCAAGAGCGAAGGGAAGAAAGAAGUCAGUUGCGGAGUUCUAUCAACAUGAAAAUUUCUGUACUUCAAUCAAGAAUGAAUACUCUUGUCAAUACGGAUUCCGAACAGGCGAAAGAAGUGCUGGUUACAAUUGGAGCUUUAGUAGACAAGGCUUCAAAAAUUGGACAGAUAACUACAACUGGAAUAGCAGCACGGCCGGAGUUAACAAAGCGAGGAGCAAAACCAAAACAGUCGAAAGUCCAACUCUACACUUUGAGCUGCUGCGACAUGCCUUUCAAUUGCCCAGUUAUUCGCCAACAUAUUCUGUAA